UUUUUUCAGUCUUUGUUCUCAUUCCGUACGUUUCUGACGUACGGGCUUGCAGUUCAUUCUCAAUUUUCCCCUUAUACCUACAUACAAAUAUAAUAGUUUUUCAUACUUAUUUAUACACUCGUCUGAGAAAUUAUAUUUGUCACAGUAUUAAUAUAAUGCCAUUUAUAUCGAAGGAUUGGCGAUCUCCAGGGGAAGUAUGGGUAAAAACAGAAGAAGGAUGGGAAAAAAAGAAAAUCCUAGAAUGCUGUAAUUUUUUACUAGGACAACAAGAUCAUUUAUUGACCAGAUAUUCUGUUUCUGACCAUUCAGACGAAGAGAAGACUGAUCAAAUUGAUAACUGGAAUGAAGAUUUAAAUUCCGAGGAAAAAGAAAACAAAGGCUCUACUAAUCAUUUCAAACGACCUAGAACUAAAUAUUCUAGUGAAAGCCAGCAAGAUGGUGUGAUACAGCCUCAUUGUCACAUUACAAUAAAAUGUACAAAAGAGAUUGCAGGGUUUAAUGGUUUAAGUGAGGCACUCAAACGAUUAGACUUUCGUUCUGCUGUGCACGAUGUUCGUCGUUUUCAUUAUAUUUGUAAACUUCUUGAUCUCCUAGUAUCUCACAGACUAAAUGCAUUGUCUGGAUGUGCUCAAAGGGUUCUCUUUAAUAUAAUUGAGGAAGUUGCUCACCAAGUAUCUCAAAGUCAACAAAACAAACAUAUGUUAGACCGUCUUUUAGGACAACUUCGUGAGGUUGUUGAAUGUGCGUGUUGGGGCAGACCACUGGGAUCAACUAUUUUAUGGGAACAACACUUGACUACUAUUAAUCGUAUUCAUGAAAUAGCUGAUCAAAUAGAAAUUCGCCAACCUGGUGAUAAUGAAGAACCACAAUUUGAACAACUUCCAGAAGAGUGUGUUCGUGAAGUGUUGUUACGAUUAGCUGAUCAUCGUGAUCUGGAGCGUUCAGCACAUGCAUGGGGUGUAAUGGCACGUUUAGUGGAUGAAUUACGUAUUUGGCGUGAAUUAUGUCAAUUUCACUUUAGUCCACGUCAAAUACAGUCUGUGAUUGAUAGUUCACCAAGUACCAGUGAAGACUGGCAGCUAAUAUAUCACAAGUUAAGAAAAUGUUAUGGAUUACGAGAAGAAUAUGCUGAAAUGAUACAGCUAUGCCGAAAUUGUCGAUGUUUAUUUUGGCAUAGUAUUGGACAUCCGUGUAUUGCAGACACUGAUCCACAUUUUAUGGAAAAACUUGAAGAUGUUGAUAAAAAUUCUUUGUAUGUACCUAUACCGCCACAAGCUUUUCUUAAAUUUUUUUCACUUUAAUAUUCUAAAUAAAGACAAAGUAGCAUCCAAUUUAUUAGAAUUAUGUAACUAGAAGUAUAAUAUAAUUUUUUAUUUACAUAAUUUUAUCCAUCUAAAUUUCAAACUUGUAGAAUAUAUUUUAUUGUAUUUAAAAAUUUAAAAAUGAAAUAAGAUUAAAAAAUUUAUCAUGUAAUUACGAUAAAAACUGAAAUACAAACCAAAAUAUAUUUAUAUAUUAAAAUUUAAAAGUUAUAAAAUAAAAAUUAUUUUUCUAGAAAAUAAAUGCACAUGAUAAUAAUAUACUUUUGAAAUGUAUAUAUUUUUGAUAAUAUUAAAGCACUUGUAGUAAAAAAAAAAAUAUUAAAUAUUUAUUACUCCUAAUUACAUAUAAACAUUUUAGUAAAGAUAUACUAUAAUUUACAUUUUUUCAAUAUUUUAUUUUUUUUUAUCUUUUUUUUUUUUGUGAAAAAAAGUGAUAUUUUCUAGUCAUAAUUUUAGUUCAUAAUUAUUAUUACUCCCUCCAUUUAAGCUAAUUAGGACUUGAAAUCAAAUACUUAAUAACAUACUUAAAAGUUUAGAUAUCUUAUUCACAGUAAACAUAUUGUGGUUCAAUCAUUACUCACUUGUGUUGAUGAGUUGAGAAUUAGUAUUCAAAAUGUAUGUGUAUUAAAUCAUUUAACACAAAAUAUGCAUAAUAUCAAUUAAUAUUUGUUUUAUUUACUGAUUCCAAUUUUACUUCAACUGAGUUCAUUAAAAUUAGAAUAAUAAUACCUAUGUUUAAAAAACUAAAUUCAUUUUUCAAAAUGAAGGAUUUUAUUAUUAUCUUAUGGAGGUAAUAAAUAGUCUUAUAUUAUGAAAGAUCUUGUAAAUAGUUUUAAUGCAAAUACAAAAUAUAAAAAUAUACAUUGGUGAUAAUUAUAGAUGACCUUAUUCUUAAUAAAAAAUUAACUUAUAAUGUGUGAAAUGUAGAUAUUUUAAGUCCAACAACUGUUUAGUGAUUUAUUGAAUAUAAGAUAAUAAUAAUAUUUAUUGGCCAAACAUAUUGAUAAAAUACAUACACGAAUAAUUAAUUACAUUAUAUAUUAUUUGGCCCAAUUCACCACUGAGGUACUACCUCGUAUUUGUGAUAUUGGAGUUUCUAAAUCAUACAUACGUACAUAAUAUAUUUUUUUUUCAUUGGUAGGUUAACUAUAAAUUUAUUAGAGGCCCCUUAAUUUUUUUUUUAAUUACAUUAUUUAACAUAAAAUAAUGUUAUUGAUUGCUUCUAUUUUAUGAAAAUUUCAACUAUACAUCAUAAGUCAUAACUGUAUAUGACAAAUAUAUUUUUGUAGUAUUAUAGUUUAUGUAAGAAAUUGUGUAAUAAAUUGUUUUAAUUUCUUUGAAGUAUAUGACAGUAAAUAUAAAAUAUAUUAAACUAAAAACACUUUAAUGAUAAAACUUUUUUUUACAAGUUAGGUGAUUUUUUUUUAUUAAUAAAAUAAAUUCUUUGUCAGGUGAUUUAAAAUAUAAAAAUUUUAUUUAUUUUUGAACUAAAAAAAAAUCAUAAAGCUUAUAUUAUAUAUAAUUAAAUAUUAUAAGUUAGAGAUUAGAUCAAAUCAUAUAUCAUUGAAAAUAUAUUAUAUUGUUAUAUUUAAAAAAUUAUGUUAAUAUUGUUUUAUUUCUUAAGUCUUAUGAAUUUAACUUUAAAUCAUCAAUAAACAUCUCAAUUAUAAACAUUUUCAAGGAAGAAAUUAGAUCUUAUCGAUACAUAUAGAUUUAAAUUUUAAACUCUAGUGACUAGUGUUCAAGAAGUUGCAUGUGCAAUAUACUGACUUGUAUCGGAUUCAAACCUUAAUAUAAGUUGUUAAGUAACUAUUAUCUAUUGAUAAGUAAUGCAUUUUUUUCUUGAAAAUCUUAAUAAUAUGUUAACGAGAUUUUAUUUUUUGUAAAUAAGGCAAUUUAAGAAUAAAGAAAAUAAAUAAAUUAGCAUAUUAUGAACAUUAUUUUUAGUAUUUUUUAGAUUUAAUUUAUACAAAUCUUAUUCAUUUAAAAUAUUUAGAAAUAUGAGAUAACUAGUAAUUACUUUACUAGUAAUGUCAAUCAAUUCUCUUUUCCUAAUUAGAGUAGGUAUUGCAUAUUAGGUAUAUAAAACAUGUUUUAUGUCAUAAAUUUAUAAUUUGUUAAAGUGAUAGGUAUAGAUUUAAUUUUUGUUUUUAAAUUUAUUUUCAGAUUAUUUUUUUAUAAUGAAACAUUUUUAUAUUUUGUGUUGUGAGAACUGCAUUUGAUUUGUGAUUUUAAUUUUAGUUAUUAUUUGUUGUAUAUGAUUUUUUUUAUAAUUAUUACUUAAUGGGGACUUAAUUUUGCUGUCAUUUAUUAUUUUUAUAAUGUUAAUAGCUUGUUUUUUUUGUCUUGUAAUGUCUUUCUUUUUAUGUUUUGUUAACAACAAAUUCAUUAAACGGUUUUAUUUUUAAUAGUUUAUUAAUAUUGUUUAUAUUUUGAUUGUGACACAUGUAAUUGGGCAAACAAUAAAUAUUACAAGUUUAAUAAUUAUUAUUGGUAUUCAAAUAUUAGACUAUUAAAUAUCAUAUGGUUUCAUAUUUUAGUUGUAUUAUAUAUUCAUAAUAUGUAAACUAUUUUAUUACAUUGAAUAAAGUAUUUUAAUUAUACUA